AUGGAUGACGUGCCAUUGACCGAAGGAGAUCAGACCCAACAUCUCAAGAUCGGCUCCAAGCUAACCGAAGGAUUGAGAAGAAGACUGAUAUGCCUGCUUCGAUUGAGAAGAAGACUGAUAUUCCUCAGGUCUAACUCCGAGUGCUUCGCUUGGUCCCACGAAGAUAUGCCUGGGAUCGAUCUGGAGGUCAUCAUGCACAAGCUGCAGGGGGACCUCCUACACCAACCCGUCAGACAAAAGAGAUGGAAGUUUGCCCCCGAGAGAGACGCGAUCAUCAACGAUGAAGUCAUGAGCCUGCUUGGCGCGGGGUUCAUUUGUGAGGUGCAGUACCCAGAGUGGCUAGCCAACGUCGUCGUGGUCAAGAAAAAUAAUGUGAAGUGGAGAGUCUGCAGUGACUUAACGGACAUCAACAAGUCCUGUCCAAAGGACCAUUUCUCGCUACAUCAUAUCGACAAGCUUGUGGACGCCACCACGGGGCACCAGCUGAUGAGCUUCAUGGACCAUCCGAAGGAUUUCCAGUGGACGGGAGAAUGCGGUGAAGUCCUGCUGCUAUAUCUAGCGGUCUCCGAACACGGCGUGAGCGCCGUCUUAGUUCACAAGGAGGGAAACAAGCAGCUACCAAUCUAUUACGUAAGCAAGGCUCUCCUAGAUGCGGAGACCCGCUAUAGCCACCUAGAAAAGCUGGCCUUAGCCCUGAUAGUCGCCCCUCGCAAGCUCCGACCCUACUUCCAGGCUCAUCCAAUCGUGGUUGUUACCUACUUCUCUGUAAAGUUGGUCCUCCACAAACCAGAAGUCUCCGGAUGCCUAGCCAAAUGGGCCGUGGAACUAGGGGAGUACGAUGCAAUAUUUUGA